AUGGGCGGCGAGGAGAUAAACGCCGCGUUCAGCGGCAAGCUCGCAGGGUUGAACGCGACGUCGCAGUCGAUCGAGACGCUGUCGCACUGGUGCGUGUUCCACAGGAAGCGCGCGAAGACGCUCGUGCCGACGUGGCAGCAAGAGCUCCGGGCGGCGCCGCCGAAGCGAAAACUCACGUUCCUCUACCUCGCCAACGACGUCCUGCAAAACUCGCGGAAGAAGGGCAACGAGUGGAUCGAGGCGUGCUGGCCGAUCAUGGGGUGGGCGGUGAAGCACACGCUGCGCAACACCGGGGACGAGAAGACCGCGAAGAGCUGCGAGAAGCUCGUGAACGUGUGGCAGGAUCGGAGGAUAUUCGGCUCGCGGUCGCUGCGAGAUUGGCUCGACGUCGGCGACGGCAGGGAUCGAACCGGCGGCGACGACGCGGCCGCGCCGGAAGGGCAACCCGCGGCGCCCGCGGCCGCGCCCGCGGCGCCCGCGGGUCCCGCGGUCGCGCGCAGAAGAGAGGAGCGCCUCGCGGAGGUCCCCGCGGCGUUGACGGGGACGAACGCGUCGCUCGCGAGGGCGUUGGAAGCGGCGGAGAAAGCCGCCGCCGCGCUCGCCGCCGCGGACGCGCUGUGCGAGACGGAUCUCAAGCCGGAGGCGUACGCGGACGACGCGCUGGAGACGAGCGACGACCCGGUGAAGGCGCUGCGGGCGCUGCAGGCUGCGGAGAACGCGAUCACGGCGAGGAGGGUCGCGUUAGAGGAAGCCGCGGGAUGCCACGAAGAAGCCGCGCGAUACGCGAAGGACGUUCUCGAGAGAUGCGAAGCCGCCGCGGAGGCGCAAGCGGCGGCGCUGGACGACAGCGCGGGGGUGAUGGUGAAGGUCGCGACGUUGCGGAUGAAAGCGACGAAGCGAGCCGCGGCGGAGCUCGCGAGGCAGGCUGCCGCGGAAGGGGCGGGGAGUAAGAACCCGAAGGCGUCCGCGCCGUCGACGAAGAGCGGCGGCGAAGACCCCGCGCCGGCGGCGGCGGCGGCGGCGACCGAGCCGGCCGGGGACGACGAGUACGUCCCCGAGGGCGGGGACGACGAGUAUGUCCCCAUGGCGAUGGACGACCCGCCGCCCGAGGAGGGCGGCGUGGACGUGGACGCGCUCAUGGCGCAGGCGGCGUCGGACCCGGAGGUGAUGAAGCAACUUUUGGCGGCGCUCCCGGAGGACCAACGCGCCGCGGUGGAGGAGCAGCUCGCGGCCGCGGGGAAGUGA